AUGAAGUUGAUAUCCAACUUGGCUUCUUUAACUAUCGCUGCCACUUUAUUACUUCAAAGUGGUAGCUUUGUAAAUGCCACACCAUUAUUCAAUAUACCUUCAGUAGCAAAUCAUCUUAACGAUGCUUCUCUCACCGAACCAACUUGUGAAGGUUUUAGAAUUACCUAUCCUUCUUCAACAGGUCUUUCAUUUGAUGAUGCUAGUAAGCACAUUGUUGCAUGGCAGGCACCAAUCGGGAUGAAGCAAGUAAAUGUUACAUUGGUUGACGAUGCUUAUGAUACCAACCGAGUACACGUAGGCUCUUAUAAUGCAACUGCUGGUGCUACAGAUGAAGUCGCAUUUAAUCUUGAUGGUAAACCUACCGGAAAUUACCAUAUUCAUAUCUCUGGUCAGGGUGAUGGCCAGUUCUGUGAACAAGACUCUACUUCUUUUGAAAUCGUAAAGCGUGAAGAACCCGAACCCACCACAACUGCAGACUCUACAGCUUCUACCACCACAACUUCAUCUACUACAACUACAGAUAUUGCUGCAACAGCGACAACAACGACAACUGCUGCUGAUGCUGCUGCUGCCACAGCCACUACUGCUGAUGCAUUAAAUAAAGACCAGAUUGCCAAGAUUCUUCAAGAAAUUCAAGAAAAUGGAGAUAAAAGCACAUCAAGUUCCCAUGAAAACGAUUCUAAUUGGGAUAGUGCUUUAAAUCAAGUAACAAAUCUUACUAAAGAAACAAAACAAGAUACACACAAUAAUGCCGCCGCCACCGAUAAUACGGGAGGGCAUCGAAACUUCUAUGACUAUAUUGAAAGUUUAGAUCAAGACUUCAAACAGUAUAUCGAUAAGAACAAAGAAACAAAUACGAUUGCAGUGACGCAUAAAAAUGAAGCUGACCCUUACUUCACCAACGAUGAUCAAACUACUGCCUCUCACAACAACGAUAUUUAUUUCACCAACGAGGAUCGCUCUCACAGCAACAAUGCUGAAAACUCAUGGCAUUCCAAUGAUGCUGCAUCCACAGAAUCCAGUAGCAAACCUGUCAACUCUUGGCAUUCCAAUGACGAUUAUUUCACCAAUGAAGAUCAAACCACUCAAACUCACCAAAAUAGUGCUGAAUGGGUUGCUGAAGAAUCCCAUACCAAUGGUGGCUGGCAAUCCGAGGAUGCUCCAAUUGAGCCAUCUCAUGUUGAUAGUCCCGAGUGGGUUUCCAGUGAAGACCAUUACAAUGAAAACACGCACAACAACGGAUGGGUUUCCGAAGAUAUCCCCGUCGAGCAUGCCAAUGACUAUCACAAUAAUGCAGCUGAAUGGGUUUCCAACGAAGACGCUCACGUCAAUGAAGCCGAAUGGCAAUCUGAAGACCAACCCGUUGAGCCCUCCACUCAUGCUAACCUUGCUGAAUGGGUUUCCGAUGAAGCCACACAUGACAACGGUUGGGUUUCCGAAGAUAUCGCUGUUGAUCAUGCCAAUGAUUAUCAUAACAAUGCUGCUGAAUGGGUUUCCAGUGAAGCUGAUCAUGACAACUCUGGUGAAUGGUCCUCUGAGGACAUUGCUGUCGAACAUGCCAAUGAAUAUCAUUCUAACGAAUCCGAAUGGGUUUCCAGCGAAGCUGAUCAUGCCAAUUCUGGUGAAUGGUUCUCCGAGGAUAUUGCUGUUGAACAUGCCAAUGAAUAUCAUUCUAACGAAUCCGAAUGGGUUUCUAGCGAAACUGAUCAUGCCAAUUCUGGCGAGUGGUCUUCUGAGGAUAUCGCCGUUGAGCAUGCCAAUGAAUAUCAUUCCAAUGAUGCUGAAUGGGUUUCUAGCGAAGCUGAUCAUGAAAAUUCUGGCGAGUGGUCUUCUGAGGAUAUCGCUGUUGAGCAUGCCAAUGAAUAUCAUUCUAACGAAUCCGAAUGGGUUUCCAGCGAAGCUGAUCAUGCCAAUUCUGGCGAGUGGACUUCUGAAGAUGUUGCUGUUGAACAUGCUAAUGAAUAUCAUUCCAAUGAAAAUGAGUGGGUUUCAAGCGAAGCUGACCACGCCAAUUCUGGUGAAUGGACCUCUGAAGAUAUCGCCGUCGAACAUGUCAAUAGUGCCGAAUGGCAAUCUGAAGAUCAACCUGUCGAAGCUGUUUCUCAUGCCAACCUUGCUGAGUGGGAAUCUGAAGAUACUACCCAUAAUAACGGUUGGGUUUCCGAGGAUAUCGCUGUUGAACAUGCCAAUGAAUAUCAUUCCAAUGCUGCCGAAUGGGUUUCUAGUGAAGCCGAUCAUACCAACUCUGGUGAAUGGUCAUCCGAGGAUAUCGCUGUUGAACAUGCCAAUGAGUAUCAUUCCAAUGAAUCUGAAUGGGUGUCCAGUGAAGCCGACCACGCCAACUCUGGCGAAUGGUUUUCUGAAGAUAUUGCUGUUGAACAUGCCAAUGAUUAUCAUUCUAAUGAAUCCGAAUGGGUUUCUAACGAGUCUGACCACGCCAACUCCGGUGAAUGGGCUUCUGAAGAUAUUGCCGUUGAACAUGCUAACAGUUCUGAAUGGCAGUCUGAAGAUCAACCCGUUGAAUCUGUAACACACGCCAACGGUGCUGAAUGGGUCUCUCAAGAAGCUGCCCACAAUAAUGGAUGGGUUUCCGAAGAUAUUGCUGUCGAGCAUGCCAAUGAAUACCAUACCGACGCAGCUGAAUGGCAAUCCGAAGAUCUUCCCGUCGAGUCAUCUACUCAUGCCAACCUUGCUGAAUGGGUCUCACAAGAUGCUGCCCAUGACAAUGGAUGGGUUUCUGAGGAUAUCGCUUUGGAGCACGCCAACGAAUACCAUUCUAACGAGUCUGAGUGGGUCUCCAGCGAAGACGGACAUGACAAUGCGGCCGGAUGGGUAACUGAAGAUAUCGCACUUGAACACGCCAACGAUGCUUCUUUGGAAUCCAACGAUCAUAACAACGCUGCUGGUUGGGUAUCCGAAGACCAUAACAAUUUUGUUGACCAUAACAAUGGUUGGGAAAGUGAAGAUGUUCCUGUCGAGCACGCCAACGAUGCUGAAUGGGUCUCUAGUGAACAUAAAAAUGCUUCUCCUAGCGGCUGGGUCUCCUCAGAAAGUACGCAUGCCAAUGCUGCUGGCUGGGUAGCAGAGGACCAUAACAACUCUGCCAAUGAAUGGGAAUCUCACGAAGAUAACGCUCACAAGAACUAUGUACCAGAAGAAGUGAAACUUCUUCGCGGUGAGCACUCUAACUUAUGGAUUGAUCAUGAAAAUACCCCCAAUUACGAAGGUUCAACUGAAUCAAUUGAUCAUACCAAUGGAUGGGUUGGUUAUUAA